AUGCCCAACAUCUCGUCAACGACGGACAUGGCUGCGGCGCAGAGGGAGGAAACGUCUAAGCGAAACAAACGGUGGAUGCUACCUCCUCGAAUAACCCUGCCGGUCGUCAUACUUGCCAUGACCGCUACAUUUGCCUCGCCCGCAUUUGCUGAAAACGAAUUGUUGGCCCCAAAAAUAACUACUCCCGCGUCUCUUGAUAGGACGACCUUUUCAGAUGUCGCAGAUGAAGUGAGGACCGCAAUGGCUCCCCCGGUCACAAUGCCGUCUACAGAUGGGAUGCCGGGACUUAGACGAAUGAAGAGAAACGGAAAAGACGGGGACUCAGACUCGUCAACAGAUAGCAGCGAGACCACAUGCACGGAAUCUUCGACUACAUCAACUACCAUGACUAGAUUGUCGCAGAGAUCUACAUCAACAGUCGAUACCAGCUCUUCUCCUCUACCAUCUCCCUUCGACAACCCCGUUCCUAAUGCCUUUCAAAUCCCAGGCGGAGGGACUUCUUGCCCAAAGUUCAUGGCCGGGCUACUCUCGGAUCCCACUUUCAAGAGUUGUUAUCCCAUUUCCAUGCUUAUGCAGACAUCAACAUCGUUCUUCAACGCCGAGAAGCAACUUGUUAGCAUCGUCAAAGUCCUAGAUGCGACAUGUGCGGCCGACGUUACCAAGUGUACCAGCUUCCUAAACAAGGCGGCUCAGAACCUGACUGCUGAUGCAAACUGCAAGGCUGAAUUCGAGCAAAACCAGACCCAGGUCUUACUAGCAUGGCGUGGUCUUCAAGCCUACAAUGUCCUUUAUUCGGCGACCUGUCUGCAAGACCCUUCGUCGAGCUCAUACUGCUUUGCCAAUGCAGUAACAAACCUAUCGACUCCAUCAGAUACAUAUCUAUAUUUCAUGCCUUAUGGACUCGCAUUACCAGGCGCAUCAACGCCAACUUGUAACUGGUGCACACAAAAAACCAUGUCGAUUUAUCACUCCGCGUCCGCGAACCGAAGACAACUCGUUGCCUCAAGGUAUGAAGACGCAGCGAGACAAGUCAACACUCUGUGCGGACCAAAUUUUGUCAAUUCAACUCUACCAGCUGCUGAGAAUGGGGCCUUUGCCGUGACAGUUCCGUCCUCUUUCAGCAUUGUUUUCAACGCUCUCUUGGCGCUCUUCCUAUUUUCAUGCUUCUUAUAA